AUGAUUCAGAUCAAGAAAACGCCACUGCUCCUGCCGCCGCCACCGCAAGGGUGUUUGACGACGGCUGCUGUUCCGACAAGAGCAGCCCGAAACCUCCUUGUCCUCACUACACCCACAAGGUCAACAACAAUUCCAACAACUAUUUCAAUGGCUCGUCAAUCCCGACAUUCGGUUCCCCCAAUAAUCCCGACGUGGACAAGAAGAAGAAGAAGAGCAAUGGCUGCUUCCGAUUCGGUUUCGGCGGCUGCUGCUGUCGACGUGGACAUGGAGAUUCUGGAGAAGAAAAAUAACAAGAAUAACGAGGUUUUUAAGGCGUACGGCGACCCCUGCCUCGAUCUGUUUUUCAACGUCACACAACGACCCAGCGAUUACCGGGAGGAGCAACAGGAGACGGAGAAGGAGUAUCACACCAAAAUGUUUCACUAUCUGCGUCAACAGCUCCCCUUGGCCUGGUCCCACGAUCCUCUCAUCACUCUCAAGCUCAUCUUCAACCUCUCUCACUGCGAUAUCGACGGAUCGAAAUUGUACAGUGAAGCUUUAGAAUUCGCAGCUGUUUGGCUCCACCACAACCACCCCAACACUCUGUUACGCAACUUCGGCUCUCUUGCCGACUCCUUCGGUCCUUUGUUCACCCUGCUCGACGUUCUGUACGGCCUCCUCGUUCCUCCCCAGGAUCAGCUGGAUCAUACACUGGAGGAGUUACUUCAACGCGAGAAUCCGAAUUCUCAUGCUGAUCGGUACGCCCACGACCCGACUUACAGGCUGUUGCACGACCGGGGUAUGGAUGCUUUUGCGGAGCGGUUGAAGUCAGAUCUUGAAAAAUUAAAGCAGAACAAGCUCGAGCUCAAGCCGUGUGAUUAUGAUGACGAUAUUGAGGAUGAUACCGACUACAAUGCUAAACGCGGUUCUCUUGAUGCUCAUGCUUAUCAUGAUCUUCGCAUUUCUUGGGCUAUAGAUUGUUUACUUACGAAGAACCCCUGGCAGGCACAUAAGAGGCGCUCCAUUUCGCUGGAAGAAAGCACUGCGAGGAGGCUUUUCGCCCCCGAAUCAGAUGUAUGGUGGGAGUGGGAGCGACUAAGGAAGGAGGUUUUGGCGCCCUUGAAAAACUACUCUGAUCGUCAACAUAAAUUUGCCAGGUGGGAGCGCUGCGAGGUGAAGACGUACUUGGAGGAGGUGAAAGCAGCAACAACAAUAAUAAAGCCCGACGCUUUGCUUCCAUAUGACAUCCUCCGCCAUCUGGAAGAUGGCAAUGUUGGGGAAGCGGCAGAGCUUCAGUGGAAGUCAAUGGUGCAAAAGCUCAAGGAGGGGGGCAAAUUCAAAAACGCCUGGGCCGUAUGUGACAACAGCUGGUCCGAGUCUAGUAGUCUGAAUUUGGGACUUUUGGUGUAUGAACUGAGUGAAGCGCCAUGGAACGGAAAGGUGAUGAAUUUCUGUCUGCCUGAUUCCCGCGGCAUUCAUUUUUUGCCCCAGCUGCAUUCCAUUCAAGGCCUCGACAAUGUUAAGUCCAAGUUGUCCUUUCUGACGAGUAUGGGGAGGAGAACAGACGGCGACAUAUGUAUUGAUUUUCAAAUGGUGUUUGAUGCGAUCUUGGACGUGGCUGUCAAGGAGAAUUUGAAGCCAGAGCAGAUGAUCAAGAAGCUGUUUCUGUUCACCGACUGCGCAGGCUAUGAUUGGAAGGGCUACGAUACUCUGUAUGAGACCGUACGGAGCAUGUUUGAGGACAAGGGGUAUGGGAAUGAUGCGGUGCCACAUAUUGUGUUUUGGGAUGUUGGGUGGGGGUAUGGUUCUCUAUCCUUUGACUUUCCUCAUAGAAGGGUGACGGUGUUGCGUGGUGACUCCAAAAAUUUGGUCAAAUACUUCUUGGAAAAUGGUGGGGAUUUUCGCCCUCACCAUCUCAUGGAACUAGCUAUUGGCGAGAAAGAGUAUCAAACUCUUGCUGUAGUCGACUGA